AGUUUAGUAUAACGAAAUUUGUUGAGUGAAAACGACCACGUUAGUUUUUUAUUGCCGUGGAAUUAAAUAGUGUUGCAAUAAGCUUGAGGAUAUCUUCAAUAAAGUCAGAAGUCAAAGUAGGUGGUUUAAAACAAAAAUGUCACAAACAAGUAAACAAAAUCCGCCUCCACCUGCUCCUCCAACGGUGAUUUAUGUCUCCGGGCCACAAACUGCAACUGAUUCCAGUUGGCAAAAUCAACCAACAAUGAAUUCAACAAUGGCAGGUGCCAUGAUAUUCUCUUCAGCAGGCAUGAAUAUGGCCAUGGGUUUGGGUUGGUCUGAAGCCAGUUUAUAUGCCUGGGUAAAUCAUUUUUGUUACUCCUGGUUUAUUGGUGUCAUAAUUGGAACCAUUUUAGCCAUACCUUUAAGGCAUUUCAUGCCCAAGAGGUGGAUCAUGGCAAGUGCAGGAGUUCUUGUCCUAAUUGGAGGCAUACUUUUUACCAGCGUCCCUCAAAACUACGAUGCUCUGUUGGCGGCACGUUACCUCAAUGGCAUUGCGGCAGGCCUAGCUUUUCUACCAUUUCUGAUGCAUGUCAGUGAAAUAGCUGUUGACUCUUAUCGCGGCCGAUGUCUGGCAACUGAGCAAUAUUACAUAAGCUUUGGCAUAGCCAUACAAAUGAUUUACGCUUCCUAUUGGACUUCGGGCAUAAAUUUUCCUGUGAAUCGUCUACAUGGCAUAUUUGAUAUAAUCUUUGGCGUAUUUACUGGCAUCUUUCUUAUAUGGUUUGUGGAAUCUCCCAUUGAUCAAAUACGCAAAGGUGAUGAGGCUGCAGCUUUAGGUUGUUUGUCACGUUUGCAAAGGCCUCAAGGGGUGACCGCCUACACCCGACUGCAGCUCGAGCAACUCAAAUCCUAUGUAAGAGAGCAGGAAAAUUUAAGCAUAGCUGAAAGCUUUCAACAGGGCUUAGUGCCCUUGAUCAAAAUGUUACUUGUCCGCAGUGUUAUGUUGGCUUUCCUAUAUUCGCUAACACUGAAUUUUACCCUCAAAUAUAGUGUCCUCAUAAAUGGGGAUAUAUGGGCUCCUACUGUAGCUGGCGCGUGUCGAAUUUUGGCCGGCAUCAUAGCCUAUGUGUUGGCCGAUAGCGGACUGGGACGUAAGCUGCCCUCAACAAUUGCCGCCAUUGUCAUUGGCGGCCUGAUGAUUGGAGAGUCCACUUUUUUUGUAAAUCUUGUCGAUAUGGUGAAUAUUACCGGUCUACAUACAGCCAUGGUAAUGUUUAUUGUGAUCCAGGCAUUUGUUGGAUUCUUUACUCCAUACACUUCAAUCUAUAUGGGUGAAGCUUUUCCUUUGCGUGUUAAGUCAUAUCUUAUAGCUUGUUGUGUGAUUUUUGAACAAAUCAUUCAAAUCAUUUUGAUAGAAACGCUAAGACUACCCUUGGGUAAUGGUCUGAUGGCUGAAGGUAUUAUUGUUGUCGUUGUUGGUUUCUUAAUGAUGCUAAUCAUGCCGGAGACUAGAAAUACAUCACUGACCGAAGCACAACAGCGUUUUAGAAGUUUAUUUUAUUUGAGAGCGCAUUGA